GAGAGAUAAUAAAGCGAAAGAGAGAGAAAGGGGAAAGAAUUGAAUAGAGAAAAUCAACAAGAACAAAAGAUUAAAUUUUUAUUUGAUAUUUUUGAACGACAACCGCUCCAAUCCCUCAAAUUUUUCGCAAAUCUGAGAAUUGUUUAAAACCCUCCUUUCCAAAUCCCUCAGUCUCCAAUACCCAUACCUCAGUUUCUCCACUUUUUCUGAUCAUUUUCCUCUUCUUCUUCUUCGUCUUCUCCGACGACUUUUGCCCUGUUCUUGAUGAUGCUUCUUCAAGACAAAAUCUGCUCUUGUCUCUGUGAUUAUCUCCUGCUUCCUGUAAUCAAUAUUUCCUUCUAUAGACGCCGUUGAAUUCAAGAAUUCUUUGCUGUGUUUUUGUUUUUUAGCUCAAGAUAUUUUCUAGGAUUGAUCUUGCUUCCUGGCCGGAAAAUUUUCGGGGGGUUUAAGAUUAAGUUUUGAGGUUUGGGUUGAUUGAUUUCCGAUUGGUAAGUAUGGGAAUUCAGAGAGAUAGGGUGCGGUUUAAUGUAGGCGGAAGAGUAUUUGAAACCACGGCGACGACGCUGGCGAACGCCGGCCGGAAUUCUUUCUUCGGAGCAAUGUUUGACGAGAACUGGAGCCUGAAGUCGGAGGCCACUAUAACCGAACACUUCAUUGACCGGAAUCCGGAUUGUUUCGCCGUUAUCCUCGACCUUCUGAGAACAGGGGAGCUUUAUAUUCCGGCGAAUGUCCCGGAGAAGCUGGUGUACAGAGAGGCCCUGUUUUAUGGGGUAUUGGAUCAUGUCAGGGAGGCUAAAUGGGGCCCAUUUGACGGCAACCGUCUCCGCCUGGCCCGGUCGAUGACCGGCCGAGCCCCCGGAGACGGCACCGCCAUCAGAGCUGGCCCGGACGGCGGCUGCUGUGUGGUUCAUGGGAGUAUGGUUCAUGUAUAUGAUUGGAUUAUGGAAGAACACCCUCCAAUCAAUCUUGAUUAUCAGAGGGUUAAUGAUGCAGGGUGGAUUGAUUCAGGGAAGAUUGUGAUUAGUGCUUGUGAGAGAUUGGGGAGGGGAGAUGGAGGGUUGGGAUUGUUCAAUGCCUCAAAUGGGGAGCUAGGGUUUAAGUUCAAUGUGUGCCAUGAAAAUCAGGCUAAAAGCUUCACAGCUGGAGCAUUGAGUUUCAGCUCUGAUUAUAAACUUUUCUCUAGCUGUAAGGGGAGAAGCAAUGAGUAUGGGAUUGGUGUUUGGGACCAAGUAACCGGAAAACAAACCGAUUUCUUCUACGAGCCGCCCGGGUGGUCCCUAGGCGACGCAGACAAGCUGCAAUGGCUACACGGCGCCAAUUGUCUAUUGGUUGCCACUUUGUUCCCGAGGAAGGACAAUUGUUACAUCAGUUUACUUGAUUUCCGGGCGAAAACCAUGGUGUGGUCGUGGUCUGACAUCGGGGCGCCCAUCUCGGACGAGAGGAGGGUGAGGGACGCGAUUGCAAUGGAAGAAACCAGCUCGGUUUGUGUGGUGAAUGAGUACGAGGAUUUAGGGUUUAUGGACCUGAGGAGCAGUGCAGGGAGUGUGAGGUGGAGUUCAAGGAGCAGGCUGAUGAAAGGAGGGAAGAUGCCUGAUGAACCUUGCUACCCUAAACUGGCAUUGCAUGAAGGGCAGCUGUUUUCUUCCAUGAAUGAUUGUGUUUCAGUGUUUUGUGGCCCUGAUUGGGUUCUGACGUCGAGGCUUCGUCGCAGCUAUGGGGGCUCGAUCUGCGAUUUCUCGAUUGGCGGGGAUCGGCUGUUUGCUCUUCACAGUGAAGAGAAUGUGUUUGAUGUGUGGGAAACUCCUCCCCCACCAAUACUAUGAUGUCUCAAGAGUCUAGAGUUUUUUGGUCUGUCCUAUGAUAAUAGAUGAUGUUAGGAUAGGAAAGAGAGUAUGUUGUACCACUUGGUUUUCUCAGUCUGUAUACAUUAAUCAAAGUGACAGAAAUGGAAGUGAUUGCCAACCA